AUGAAUGAGGACAACCAUGUGUUCAGUUGGGGACACAAUCAUAGGGGACAGUGUGGUCGGGGUGUGACACAAAUUGUCUGUUCAUUGAGUUGUCGGCCAUCGGUUCCGGAGGUUUUGGGACUGUGUUUAGAGUACAGCACAGAAUCGAUGGACACAUAUAUGCCGUCAAAAGAGUUCAAAUUAAAGUAUUACAACUCAUGGCCUGAAGGCAAACACCUCUACAUUCAGAUGGAGUUCUGUUCACAGAAUCUGCGGAAUAUUCUUGAAGUGAAACCACAAGUAUUUGGGCGACAAAUAGGAGAAGCCAUGGAUUGUGUC